AUGCUUCCUGUAAUCCCUAGAGAUCCAUACUACCUCGAGCUCCCUAUGGCAUAUAACCCUAUCCCACCAAUCGAGGAGGGACCGAUGCAGCAGGAGGAGAUCGAGAUUAAAGAAGAUCCCGAAGAAGAUCCUGAGGAGGACAUGGAAGAGGAUCCCGAGGAAGAUAUGGAUGAGGAAGAUAAUUACGAAGUGAUCGUGAUAACCGAAUCAGAAUCAUCUGCCACAUCUCCAUCUACCCCAAUUCACACUUUCACUACAACUCCAAGUCGAUGUCCCAGGAAAACUGCCAAGAUAUCAAUCCCAGAUCGGAGACCCACAACUCUAAGGCAAAGCAAGAGGCUUUCCUACACCCAAAAGAGGGUAGAUCAACUUGCUUGGGAGAGCAAUAAGAUGAACAAGUAG